UAGUCGAUGAUUCCCGGUUAGCUCCGGUUUGGUUUCUUUGUUGCACGUCAAAGCUUCUUCCUUCUUAGCUAGAGUGUAUGAGUUCUUCUCCGACUCCAACCUUUUACGUUAAAAUUUACUAUUAGGAUAAAGCCGUUUUAAAUCUCGGAUUGGGGCCAUCAUGCCAUGUGAUUAGGGUAAAGUUGAGUCAACCUGACCAUAGGCGUGCUUAAACAUAAAAAUAUAUAUUCACCAUAAAGAAAGUUAUACAGAGUCAGGAUCCAAAAAUUCGAUUCUCACAGAACACACAAAGAUAAGCUAAACAUCAAAGGUGUACAUGGACCACUUUUGUCUGGCAUUUGCAUGCAUGAGAAGAAGAAGAAAAUCAUAAAGGGCGAGUCUUUUUGCUCUAAUUCAAAAAACUACUUCUUUACUUAAACCUUUGUUUCUUCUUACCAAUCUUUUCAGAAAAGAUAAAGAUUGUAAAAAACACAAACGCUUGUUUAGCUCGCACGUGAUUCCAGUUCACGUUGUUACUACUACCAUCAAAAGAAAGAAACACUUGGUAAAACGAUAAUUAAUUUAUUUUUAUUCUUUUGAAAUACUAAUGUAGGAUCUCCGGAAGCCAUAUAGAGGCCCUAGGUCUGGGUCCGAAAUUUUGACCACCACUUGGGGACAAGUAAUUAUAUGAUAUAUAAAACAAAGACCCUAUAGUUAAUCUUAUGUGUUGGGUAAAACAGAAGACAGCAUCUUUGGGUAAAAUAAAACCAUACUAAAGAAAGACCAUAUUGUGUAAAAACAAAGGUCAUUCCAAGUUAGUAUAUAAAAUUGUUCUUAUACAUGUCUACUAAUUCCAUUAAAAUGUAUAUGCACUGAUGUAGUAAUUGACACUAUCAUCAAAUCCAUCAAAAAUGCAUAUGCAGUGAUGUAGUAAUUGGUACUAUUAAAACAGAAAGUGAGACUAGUCAAAACAGUAGUCAAAGAUCAAUAAGAGCAAAUGUUUCAAGCAUAAUUAUUGAUAAAUUUAUAAUUUAAAAUUUAAAUACUUUAUUAGAUUUGAUUGAAUUUAGAAGAUCUCAUUGUUCGACGAAUGUUUUUACCAAAAAAGAACAAUAUCACAAUAUAAAAAUUAAUCUUGUAAUCUUAUAAAUAUUGUGCAUUGAAAAUACCAUAUUGAUCCUAUAAUACUAAAAUUCAUAAGAUAAGAAGACACAUUUUAUUUUUUUAUAAAAGAAUUGAAAUGGAUUUCAUAUUGUUUUAAACUAUUAGCCAGACUAUAUUUAUUGCAACUAAAAUGAAGAAUAAAAUCAUGGAAUACAGUUGUAUACUAAUGUGAUCAUAAUUUUCAACAUCAGUUAUUUUAGCAUCUAUGUAAUUACAAAAAUAUGCUAAAAACAUUUUAUCGCCUAUAAAAAAAAAAUUAUACACAGAAAUAUAAAAAACAACUCAGCCCAAUAUUCACUAGAUUCAUCAUCCUUUUUUUUGGUCACGAAAAACUAGAUUCAUCGUCCAAAAACAAAAAUACAACCAAUAAAACCAAACCAACUGAGUCUAUUUAUUACAACAAAUUUUAAACACAUUCCCAUAAAUUUAUCAAUGAGGAAACAUUUGUUACCAUGAUAGUCAAUUCAUUUUCUUUUUCUUUUCUGUUUUCAAAUUUCUACUCUUUCAUCUUCUUCUUCCACAUUACCUACUUACCCAAAAAACCAAAUACCUCUUCAUCACUUCCUCAAUAAAAAGCUCCUCCCUUUACAUUUUUACCCAUCAACCAAAAACAAAACAAAAAAACAAAACCCCCUUCCACGAAGGCAUAAGGAAAAAUCAAAAACCCAAUCUCUUCGAUGACAAUCCUUGUCUUAACAAUUUAGAUCGGAAAGAAGAACAUUUUUUUUUUACUUUUUUGAACAACACUCUGUUAUAAUGGCAGACAAUCUAGAACUGAGUCUUUUAUGUACAGAGAUCACCAACGUUGGUGAUGAAGACAACGUCAUAAUUCUUGACAAAGCUCCGAUCGUUUUCCCUGAAAUCUCGAUUUCUCAGAUGGGUUUUCCAUCGGAGAGCGAUGAGUUCAUCAGAGAGAUGAUGGAGAAGGAGAAGCAGCUUUUGCCAAGUGAUGAUUACAUCAGCAGACUCAGAAGUGGUGAUUUUGAUUUGAAUGUCAGAAGAAGAGAAGCUCUUAAUUGGAUUUUGAAGGCUUGUGAGGAACACCAGUUUGGACCAAUGUGUAUUUGCUUAUCUAUGAACUACUUGGAUCGGUUCUUAUCGGUUCAUGAUUUCCCUAGUGGCAACACUUGGGCAGUGCAGUUGUUGGCUGUGGCUUGUUUAUCCUUGGCAGCCAAAAUUGAAGAAACUGAAGUCCCAAUGCUAAUAGAUCUUCAGGCUGGACAUCCUCAGUUUGUGUUUGAGGCUAAAUCAGUCCAAAGAAUGGAGCUUUUGGUGUUGAACAGAUUGGAAUGGAGGUUGAGAGCGAUUACUCCCUGCUCAUACAUAAGAUAUUUCUUGAGGAAGAUGAGUCAAUGUGAUCAAGAACCAUCCAGCACAUUGAUAUCCAGAUCAUUACAAGUGAUAGCCAGCAAAACCAAAGGUAUUGACUUUUUGGAGUUUAGACCUUCUGAAGUUGCUGCUGCAGUUGCACUUUCUGUUUCUGGAGAACUGUACACAGUACACUUUGACAACUCUUCCUUCUCUCCUCUUUUCUCACUACUUCAAAAGGUAAAAAAAAAACUCCACCAAAAAUCUCAUAAAUCUAAAUAUCAAUAUAUAAAGCAGCAAUUGGGUGUUCAGUUUCAAGGAAAUGCCAGUUGUGGAGAAGAUUGAAAUCAUUAAAGGAGAGAGUGAAGAAGAUUGGGGAAAUGAUAGAGCGUUGUGAGUCGCAAACACCCAAUGGGGUUCUAGAAGUAUCAGCUUGUUGUUUCAGCUCUAAGACUCAUGAUUCCUCUUCUCCCCAUACACAUCUUUCCUAAAUCUCCCUGUCUUUUUCUUAAAAUAAAUUAUCAUUAUUAUUAUGUCUGAGGAGAGGUUGAGAAAAGAAAAUAAUCAUAUCAAAUUUAUAAAAUAAAAGAAAAAACAUUUUAAUUUCAAUAUUUUAAUAUAUCCCCUACAUACCAAAAAUGAAAAAGGAUGAUAAUGAUAUGAAUACUUUUUUUGGUAGGAAACAGGAAGAGAAAAUAACAGAGAAUGUUUUUUUUUGUUCCCGCCAAAUAAAUGUAGCGGGAAAAAAACCGUAUCGGUUGCGUUGAUAGGUUGACUUUCAGUUGUAAGACGCUUUCAAACGGUGUAGCCUAAGUAAAUAAGGCGCGCAAGGCACUAAUGGGCUGAGAAUUGGGCCCACUAAUUGAAAAUGAUAUCUUUUGUGCUUUCUAACUUGGUCAACAAAAGUCCAAAAUAUUUACAAACUAAAAGAAAUAAGUCGAAAAAGAAAGAACUAAAAGAAAUACUUUUCGAAAAAUCAAAUAAAAAUUACAAAAUGAUUGGAGUCAGGUCCACUAAACCUCUAGGUUCAGCAACUAUGUGUAACGGGCCAAUCAAAUGUUCAUUAAAAUUAAAUAAUUCGGGCCUACCAAUGUCGUUUGGCAUCUCAGCAGCGAUUUUUAACGAUCAUCAAUUAUUUUUUUUUAACACUGAAAUCAAACAUAACAUCUUGUGUUUUGGUUCCAUAGACGGAGACCAGAAAAAAAAACAGCACCAAAGCAGAAAAGAGGCAAAAUAAAGGAUGCCAAUAGGCAUCGGAAAGAGAAAAGUAGGGAAAAAAUAAUAACGGAACUAUAGAGUUCAGCUGCUUCACACCCGCGGUAAUAACCAAAGCCUUCAACUUAUUGACUUUGACCUUCAAGUAUGAGAAAGGAUUGGAGCCAAGCCGGACCUUGUGAGGCAAAUUUUUUCUUUUGAGCAACUUAAAAUAGUGUGUAGAUAAAAAUACGAAGAUUUUUCCUCCUUUAUGUAUUAGUUUAGUUUGUCGAAUAUUUUCACCACAGAAGCGUUAACGCUUUAUUCUUCAUAAAACAAUUGGUCCAACUUUUUUUCUUUAAAGUUUAACUUCUGACACUAGGUUUUAUUUUCCAUCGAGUAUGAAAAUAUAACUAUUAGAUAUUUAAGAGCGUAAUCAUGAUGAUACACAUAAGAAAGAUUUUUGUAAAAAAUAUAUAUAGAGAUAUUAAAUUUGUAAAUAUAAAAAAAAUUAUUGUGAAUUAAGAUAUAUUUACUUUAUUAAUAUACUAAUUUGUAUAGUAAAACUUACAAUUAAAUGAUUAAGAUAAUAAACCCACAAACUCGCUAUUUUAAGUAUUUGUUCUAUAUCUCUCAGUAAUAGGUCUGAAAUUAUUAUUCGGGAUCAGGAUUCGAUAUGAGAUCCGCUCUGAAAAUAGGAUAUUUAGAGCACAUGAAUCCGGAUUCGGAUAAUAAAAUCUCGGAUCCGUCGAAACGAAUCCGGAUAUCUUAAUUCUUAGGUCCGGAUAUCAGGAUCCGGAUCCGUAUAUUUAAAAGUUUUUAAAAUUUUAAUUUUAUUAAUAAUUAUAUUUGAUAUAUUAUUAUUUAUAUAUAAAAUUAGUUCUAUAAUGUUAUAUUUUAAUUUUAAUAUUAUAUACAUUUAAAUAAAUUUUGUAUAAAUAUUUAAUUUAUAUAUUAUUUUUAAAAAGUUAGUAUUUUAAAAAAAUAUUUUUUAAUUGUCUUUACGAAUCCGGAUCUGGAUACCAGCGAGUAGUAUGAUAUCUAGACGGAUAUCCAGAAACCACAAAUCCGGAUCUGAAUAUUAAAUCCGACGAAUCCGGAUCCGGAUACCUUAAAUUUUUCAGCUAUCCUACUUAGUAAUAUAGCAGUGAUUAUAAUUGCCAAAAUAUUAUAAUUGCCAAAAUAUUAUAGUUGAUAAAAAAAAGUGAUUAUAAUUGCCAAAAUAUUAGUUAUCAUAUUCAUAACAGCUAUCUUAUGGUGUAUAGGAUUAUUUUUAUUAAACCCCUCUUGUGACUACUAAUUGUACUUAACCACUUACAAUAUCAUGAACGUAUAUGUACGUUGUACGUAACUAUACGCAUUCAGAUUUCGUAGUGGUCGCACAGUAUAUAAUAUACAUACACGCAAAAUUUGAAAUGAAGAACUAUUUGGACAGUGGACUAAGUGGAGACAACAAAACAAUACAAAACAAACAAACUUUUAUAUUUCUUUCAUUGGGCGUCGUCAUAAUGAGUCGUCAUAGUCAUUCAACUGUCCAAAACAAAAUAUUUUAUUUUAUUAUUUUUCCUGCAAAAAAAGUUGCUAAAAGUUAGUUUCUAAACUUUUUUCAACCUUUGCUUUUUUCUUUUACGCAUAACUAAAGAGAAAAUACUUUUCUUUUGUAUAUUGAAAAACAAAGUUUGUCUUUCAGUAAUUACAUAAAUCGUACAAUCAUUUGAAUUAAUUAAUUAAGUGACUCUAAUUAACAAUAUUGUAAGAAUAUCACUGAUAUUUCUUAGAUCUGACCUAUUGCACGUGAAUCAUCAUCAUGAUGAUCAUCAUCAUCAGUUUCCCAAAUUAGGGCAAAGUAUUUGAAGCUAAGAGUAUGGGAAUAUCAUAUAAUUUAAAGGAAAAAAACCCUAACCCUAGCUAGUCCUAUAUUUUUUAUUUUACGCAAUCAAAUCGAGUUUUUUUUUUCCUUCCCUUUUUAUUAUAAUAGUAUUACUUGUUUUGAAACUUAGCUUGAAAGGCUGGUAAUAAAACCCUGCUUGUGGGUCACAUUAGAUUCCCUAAAUGAAGCAUAACGACAGUAACUAUUCCACAGUAAAAACACUGUGAGAAUGAUGAUGUUGAUUAUGGUGAUGAUGAUAUAACACGCAUGUAUACACAACACAUCCACACACCUUGAUGGGUCGUUGUCCGGGUUUCUGCGUAUUGACUGAAAGAUUCCAUGAAGGAGGACCACAGUAAAAGAAAAAAAAUUAUGUUUAAAAACAUAUACUUAUUUAUCUGAUCAAAACAUCUUACAUCAAUAAUUCAACUUAGCUCACAAGAAAAGCCCAAAAUUUUGCACACAAACAAAAAAUAUCUGCGGUUCACUAGUUUCUAUGAACAUUUAUUACAUAUCCAGACUCCAACGUAUGGCACAAACAUUUCUCAUUACUGCAGUAGCCGAGUAAACAUUUUUCACCUCUCAAUAAAAUUUGUAAUCGUAAAUGUGUUAUAUGCCUAUAUGGUCUCCAUCAUUAAACUGCUUUGUGAAGCAAUGGAAAAGGUUAGAGCAAACUAAGAAGUUUUAGCAAUAUCUAAAUUAAAACAAAUGAUUCUAUUCAGAUUCCAUAUUAAUUAGGCAGUUCUCAUGUCACCCAAUAUAAACAAUAGAAAAGGACAAAAAACGGAGAAACACAUUUAGUUAGGUUUCUCAAGUAGUCAAAGCUAACUAAUAUCGCGUGUUUAUUUAACAAACGUUAAUAGCUCGUUAUGCCCAAACAUGUACUGAUCAAACUCGAUCAAGUACACUAGCUAAUUGAGCUACACGCGUUUGAAAUUUGCGAAAAUAAAACUUUGGACCCAACAGAAAAUAAAAGAGAGAGAGAGAGAGAGGACCACAAAGUCAUCUUCACACUUUGGAGUGUGCAGCCUUAGUUUGGACAUGAGAAGGCGUAGAGAUUGCCUUAUCAAGCAAAAGCAUCUCUCUCAAGUCUCUUCAUUUGUGUGUAGAUUUGUCUCUCUCUUUCUCUAGAGAGAUGUAGAGGUUGAGACAUGAAAGGCUAAAUAUGGAAGUGGCCGUGAGAUGGGGACUCGAAUCUUAUCUCCCUCUUCUUUCCUUUUCCAUUCAUUUUGGUUCCCUCUUUCCCUCCCCAUAUUUCAUUGCGUCAUCACCAAAACCCUAGGUUUCUAUUCAUUUGAAUUCAAAUUUUCUUUGUUUGUUGGUAUCAUCAGGAUUUGAAUAAAAUUACUAGGCUUAAUCACUUCUAAGUUUACUACAAAUUUUUGCAAUUUACCGUUAUUACUAACUAAACGAUUAGUUGAAGAGAGGAUACUAAUAAAAAAAAAGUGUAUUGCUCGAUUAAAUUGAAUGUAAACAUAAAUUAACUAAUUAAUAGGAUAGAAGAUCGAAUGCAUAAAAAAAAUAAAAUAAAGUGAAUUAAGCGAAUGAACUAAUGUCUUAAUUAAGAAAAAUAAACAAAAAUGCAUGACUACAAGUAAAAGUCUAACUAGGGAUUUGGAAGAAUAACAUAAUUAGUAUGUUACAUGUAUGUGUGCCCAUAUGUUUUUAUCUCUUCUCCUUCAUGCUUCCAAAGAGCCCACAUGUCUCCUUCCCCAGUUUUCCAAAGAACAUUGCUAUAUAUAUACACAGGUAUACAUGCAUAUAAUGUAAACAAUUAGAAAGACAUAAAGAGGACGAUGAAGCUUUGGAUGCAUCGACAUGUUUUGAUUAUUUCUUCUUUGUUUUUUUUAUUAUUAUUAUUUUUAUUCAAGUGAAAGAGUUUAAUUAAUUCCCAGGAAUCAGAAUACAGUUGCAGCAGCUAGCAGAUGUAACUUGACCUUUUUCAUUUCCAAGGGGGAACAAAUAAAUGUCUUAACAUCUAAAUAUAUAUACACUGAUUGGUGAAUAUGGAAUCCACGCUAUAUCUAAGCCAUUACACAAUAUUUUAGGUAGAAAUCUCCAUCCCAAGGAAAUUCCGACCGAUCCACAUUCGAGUCCUACACUCAUUUGACAAUUAAAUGAGAAGUACGUAUACAAACACAUACUUAUAAUAAUAAAAAAAUAUUAUAAGGUGUGUGUGCAAAAAAAAAAAUAAUCAACAAAAUAUCUUAGUUCUUAAACACCAAGAACUUAAGAAACAACAU